GCGGCGGCGCGCCCGGGGGUGGGUGGCUGAGGCGGCGGCGGGCCCAAGGCGUGAGGCGCCGCCCGGGUGUGCCCGCGGCGCAGGAGGCGGCGGAGCGCAGAGCGGGCGAGCGCGAAAAAUCACUACCAAUAUAAUGGAUUUUAUAUAUCAGAUUGCUUUAUUCUGGAUAUCAUGGUAACAAUACAGAAAGUAUACAUAAUUUCCCAUUUCUGCAAGUAGUCAUGACUGCUGAAGAAAGAAAAACUUAAAGCUACGGCAGAAUUAUUUUAUGGAAAUUCUGAUUUUGUUUUUAAUUUUUGAUAACUUUUUACUAAAGGUAUGAACACACAAAGAGCUUAUUUUGUUAGGCAAAUACACAUUAAUAAGAAUGCCUAGAAGAGGACUGAUUCUUCACACCCGGACCCACUGGUUGCUGUUGGGCCUUGCUUUGCUCUGCAGUUUGGUAUUAUUUAUGUACCUCCUGGAAUGUGCCCCCCAGACUGAUGGAAAUGCAUCUCUUCCUGGUGUUGUUGGGGAAAAUUAUGGUAAAGAGUAUUAUCAAGCCCUCCUACAGGAACAAGAAGAACAUUAUCAGACCAGGGCAACCAGUCUGAAACGCCAAAUUGCCCAACUAAAACAAGAAUUACAAGAAAUGAGUGAGAAGAUGAGGUCACUGCAAGAAAGAAGGAAUGUAGGGGCUAAUGGCAUAGGCUAUCAGAGCAACAAAGAGCAAGCACCUAGUGAUCUUUUAGAGUUUCUUCAUUCCCAAAUUGACAAAGCUGAAGUUAGCAUAGGGGCCAAACUACCCAGUGAGUAUGGGGUCAUUCCCUUUGAAAGUUUUACCUUAAUGAAAGUAUUUCAAUUGGAAAUGGGUCUCACUCGCCAUCCUGAAGAAAAGCCAGUUAGAAAAGACAAACGAGAUGAAUUGGUGGAAGUUAUUGAAGCGGGCUUGGAGGUCAUUAAUAAUCCUGAUGAAGAUAAUGAACAAGAAGAUGAGGAGGGUCCCCUUGGAGAGAAACUGAUAUUUAAUGAAAAUGACUUCGUAGAAGGUUAUUAUCGCACUGAGAGAGAUAAGGGCACGCAGUAUGAACUCUUUUUUAAGAAAGCAGACCUUACGGAAUAUAGACAUGUGACCCUCUUCCGCCCUUUUGGACCUCUCAUGAAAGUGAAGAGUGAGAUGAUUGACAUCACUAGAUCAAUUAUUAAUAUCAUUGUGCCACUUGCUGAAAGAACUGAAGCAUUUGUACAAUUUAUGCAGAACUUCAGGGAUGUUUGUAUUCAUCAAGACAAGAAGAUUCAUCUCACAGUGGUGUAUUUUGGUAAAGAAGGACUGUCUAAAGUCAAGUCUAUCCUAGAAUCUGUCACAAGAUUGGCUUCUUCCACAUGGUGAGGGAUAUGACUGUUGGCGGCUCUGGGCUCACAUCUUCUCAGCUUUGCCAUCAGAGAGGAAAGAGCUUUCUCCCAGCUCCAGUUGAGAAAAUCCCAGGGAAGGACAUUUUGCCCACUCUUGAGCCAAUCACUAUGGCCAGUGAGUCUAAUUUUCACAAUUACACCUUGGUCUCAUUGAAUGAAGAAUUUAAUCGUGGACGAGGACUAAAUGUGGGUGCCCGAGCUUGGGACAAGGGAGAGGUCUUGAUGUUUUUCUGUGAUGUUGAUAUCUAUUUCUCAGCCGAAUUCCUUAACAGCUGCCGGUUAAAUGCUGAGCCAGGUAAGAAGGUGUUUUACCCUGUGGUGUUCAGUCUUUACAAUCCUGCCAUUGUUUAUGCCAACCAGGAAGUGCCACCACCUGUGGAGCAGCAGCUGGUUCACAAAAAGGAUUCUGGCUUUUGGCGAGAUUUUGGCUUUGGAAUGACUUGUCAGUAUCGUUCAGAUUUCCUGACCAUUGGUGGAUUUGACAUGGAAGUGAAAGGCUGGGGUGGAGAAGAUGUUCAUCUUUAUCGAAAAUACUUACAUGGUGACCUCAUUGUGAUUCGGACUCCGGUUCCUGGUCUUUUCCACCUCUGGCAUGAAAAGCGCUGUGCUGAUGAGCUGACCCCCGAGCAGUACCGCAUGUGCAUCCAGUCUAAAGCCAUGAAUGAGGCCUCUCACUCCCACCUGGGAAUGCUGGUCUUCAGGGAGGAAAUAGAGACGCAUCUUCAUAAACAGGCAUACAGGACAAACAGUGAAGCUGUUGGUUGAAAUCAUAAUUAAUGCGUUACUGUAUGAACCACAAACCAGCACUAUUUAUUUAGCCUUACUUCUACUUCCAGAUGCAGUGCCUCUUUUGGAGAAGACAUGUUUAUUUUUCAUGUUCUUUCUGACAUUACUUUAGCAAUUCAACUUGAUGUGAGAAGAAAAAACAAAUGUUUCAACACAAAAUCUCUGUUUUGUGAGAAUACUGCACUAUGGAAUAAUUGACAAAUUGAAAUCUCAUAUUUGUCCCAAAAGUUGUUUUGAGUUAGUUCUACCUGGUGCCCAUGUUCUGAUUGUGUGUGGGAUUGCAUGGUGUCCUGAUUGCAUCUAGGUGGAGCGGAUGGAAUGUGCUGGGCCACUGUUGGGUGGAGAGCAGCACAUUCUUACAGAGGAGAUGGAGCGUUAUGAGCAUAGUAUGUGGAUAGGUAUCUUCACCUGCCCGCCCCUGAGUCAGCCUCCUUGACUUGAUAGCUUGAAGAAUCCUUUUCCACUGAAAUAGAGGAUAAUUAAUUGACACAUCUGAAAUCCCCAAUCAAUCAAUCAAGAGAAAGGUAGAACUAAAAACUCCUUAACUUACUGUUGCUUACACCCCUGAAAGUCUGUUUUUAAGCAAAUGGGUAAUAGUAGAAAAUAGGUUAGAAUCUAUGGCUUGAUUAAAAAUAUAAUGUUAUUACAUUAUCAUGUUCAGGAUUAGGAUUAGUAGUCAGUUGCUGUAAACUAUUUUGAACAAACAGAAAAGAACACAGAAACAUUUUUAACAGAGCAUUUAAUUAUGUUGGAGUACAGGAUCCUAGCUCUGUCUGGGAACAUUAGUUUAUGUGAGCCAGCUCUAUCAGGGUCUUCCCAUGGUGGUUCAGAAUAGAUGAGCAUAGCAUGGUUUUGUUUGUUUUUGCUUUCAAUUUUCUAAUUUGGCAUGGAUCCAUAUGUAUUUACUAUCCUUUUUCUAAUAUAUUAAUAUAUGCUACAUUUGUAUUUGCAUUACUAUAAUACUUUGAAUUGAAAAAGAGUUUCAUUGUGGAGAGAAAAAGCAAAUGGUAUGCCACAAGAUCACUCUGAUUUGAGAAAAGGGAGGAGGGGAAGAUAGUCUGAAUGGAAAUCUGAAAUACGGAAUGUUUUAGAGAAAUAUGUCACUUGCAUAUAGAAUGUUUUAAUUGAGGUAUAAAUUAAUGAGACAAAGUGAAGAAGAAAUUAUAUUCAGAUAGGACUGCACUACAUUAUUUGUCACACAUGGAUCUGUUACCAUCAGGUCAAUUCCUAGUAUGCAUAAAUUUUUUAACCCUUUUAAAAGAGACCUAUGUUGAAAACCCCUGAAAAUUCACUGAAGAAAAAUCAUUACUCUUUUUCUCAGUAAAUCAUAUCAUCUGAAAUAUUACAAAUUUCAAAUUUCUAGGUGCUAUAUUAAUUCAAUAUUACAAUAACUCUUACCUAAUUAUUCUUACAAGUUUUAAGUUGUGGUAGUUUAGUGAUUUUUUUUAAAAGAUGUGUGAAAUGUUCUCUGCAAAAUAAUUCAGGCCACUGUCUCCUUUUAUAUAUUAUUAUAAUUAUUUAUUAUGAAGACCAGUGAAUUACGAUAUUUAAAGUGAGAGAACUUAAUUAUUUGCAAAGGUAAGUUACAGCUUCUAUUUUGAGAGAAUCAAAUGAGUUUACUUUUGUUCCUGUUGUUUUUAACUAGCUUUAAGUUUAAAGAUGGAAGCUAAGCAAUGGAAAUGCUAUACGUUUUUGACAUUUAUUAAAUGGUACCAAUAAAGUAUUUUAUUACCAAAAGUUAAA